AUGGACACCAAUGCCGACACUUGUUGCCUUGGCAAGAACUUUGUGAUCAUGAGUUACACACCAAGAUCAGCAGAUGUAUAUGCAUACGACCCAGCAUUACCACCGACAAACGUCCCUAUUGUGUCAGGAGCAACUGCUUUUGAUUGCCCACAGACUGGUAAUACGUUCAUCUUAAUAAUUAACGAAGCACUCUACUAUGGGAACCGAUUGGACCAUUCACUAAUCAACCCAAACCAGGUACGAAGUUUCGGAAUUCCCCUAUGGGAUAACCCUUUUGACGAAACAAGGCAUGUUGGUAUUGAAUCCAAGAAGAUAUUCAUAGCAUUAAAGGCAAAAGGCACGAAGUUACUCUUUGAUUCGAGGGCGCCAACUGAACACGAACUUGCAACCUGCCUACACAUCGACCUGACAAGCAAGGUGCCGUGGAACCCAGGAACUGUUCAACUUGGCAAGGUCUCCGCAGCCCACAAAGUCACUGAGGACCAUGUAGAUGAUCCAAGAUCCAACGAGGCAGAACUGAGACACUUAGAUCCCAUAAUGCAAGGGAUGAACGAAUGGCGCACUGUGCAAACGGCGAUGGCCGACGGGGAAAGAUUCUUGAAACAAAUGGCAAGAACAGGAAACGAACGAUUUGAAGACGUGCCAGUAAGGCCAUCGUUUGUAUCCACUCAGCGACAUACCAAGGCAACAGCAGAAAAUCUAUCGGAACGACUAGGUAUUGGAUUGAACAGAGCACGAGCCACUUUGAGAUCGACACUCCAACGAGGAACUCGAUCCGCCAUCCUGCCACUAGCACGAAGAUAUCGGGCGGACCGAAUGUUCUUAACGGUACGUCCGCCGCUCGACAGACCCUAG